CAGACUCCUGACUCUUCUGAAGAGUUUCAGACCGCUCCAGCACGCUGAGUUUAUUCUCAUCACCUCUGGAAAUACGCUUAGUUUUAAACAAGUUUAUUCAAUUUAAACUUCUUUAGUGCCUUGGGAAAUAACUUUUCCCUGCGGUUUUACCUCUUCGACAUAUUUUAUCGUGGCUCACUUUUAAUACUCGUUAAUCAGCUUUGAAUGCUCAGAGGUUCAUGUAGUCUAGACUUGUAUCUCCCGGAGCGCGCGCUGUACCGCCUAUCUACUUUUCUUUGCCUUGUGUGGAGACUGUCAUGUCAGUGCAAGAGUGAAGCUGUGAGGAGGAUAUCCCGUCUGUGUUUGUGUGUGAGAGAGAGAGAGAGAGAGAGAGAGAGCGAGCGGCCAUGACCCCGAGAGGAAACCGUCCUGUACCGGAGAGCUCUGCUGCGGCUGCCGUGUGCUCGCGCUGCGCCGCUAAAAUCAUGCCUUACUUCAGGGACAACGCAGUGGCUUCACACAACCAGAUCAACCAGCUUAUUAGUGAGAAUUUCCUAACAGUCAAAGGAGCUGCCCUCUUCUUACCCUGUGGAAAUGGCUCCUCACCCUCGUCAGUGCCCCGCAUCACACAGCGGCGCAACAAGCACACAGGUGACCUCCAGCAACACCUGCAAACCAUGUUUACUCUACUGCGGCCAGAGGACACCAUCCGGCUGGCGGUGCGGUUGGAGAGCGCCUACCCUCAAUGUACACGGUAUAUGGUGGUGGUGUCCACCAUUGGAAGGCAGGACACUGAGGAGAGUGUAGUCCUUGGCAUGGACUUCACCAACCCUGAUCGCAAUCAAUGUACAGUUGGUCUGGUCCUACCUCUGUGGAGUGACACUCUGAUUCACUUGGACGGAGAUGGAGGCUUCAGUGUGUCCACUGCCAACAGAGUCCAUAUCUUCAAACCCGUGUCCGUCCAGGCCAUGUGGUCAGCACUGCAGUCCUUACACAAAGCAUGUGAGGUAGCCCGGUGCCAUAAUUACUACCCAGGAAGCCUCUUUUUGACGUGGGUUACUUAUUACCAGACCCAUAUGUCCUCUGAGCAGCACUGCAUCAACGAGUGGAAUGCCAUGCAGGACGUGCAGUCUUAUCGAUCUGACUCACCUGUGCUGUUCACUGACUUGCCAACAGAGAGAGAGCGCACAGAAAGGCUGAUCAAGACUCGUCUGAGAGAGAUCAUGAUGCAGAAGGACCUGGAGAAUGUAACCUCUAAGGAGAUUCGCUCAGAGCUUGAGAUGCAGAUGGUGUGUAACCUACGGGAAUUCAAAGAGUUCAUUGAUAACGAGAUGAUAGUCAUCCUGGGCCAGAUGGACAGCCCCACAGAAAUAUUUGACCAUGUGUACCUGGGUUCGGAGUGGAACGCGUCCAAUUUGGAUGAGCUCCAAAGCAGUGGGGUUCGUUACAUUCUGAAUGUCACACGGGAGAUUGAUAACUUCUUCCCUGGCCUGUUUGAGUACCACAACAUCCGUGUGUAUGAUGAAGAGGCCACUAACCUCUUGGAGUACUGGAAUGAUACCUACAAGUUCAUCUCUAAAGCCAAAAAAGCCGGGGUGAAAUGUCUGGUGCAUUGUAAGAUGGGUGUGAGCCGCUCUGCCUCCACCGUGAUUGCAUAUGCAAUGAAGGAGUACGGCUGGGAUCUGGACCGAGCAUAUGAGCAUGUAAAAGAGAGGCGUGCUGUCACCAAACCCAACCCCUCCUUCAUGAAGCAGCUGGAGGAGUAUCAGGGCAUUCUUCUGGCCAGCAAACAGAGGCAUAAUAAGUUGUGGCGAUCUCACUCAGACAGUGAUCUAACCGAGCAGCAGGAACUUGUGUGUAAGAGCGCACCUACGCUGGGCCGUUCUGACCCACACAACCAGCAACACAAGCCCAAUGGCACGUGCUCUGUAAAUAACGGGCCCCAGACAAUCAACAGCUCACAGCCUGGAACAGAAAACACCCACACCGAGACAUCUACACACCCUACCAGUCAGAAAAACUCAGAGCGGCCAUGCGAGGACCCCUUGCUCCCAACUCUGCCGCGUGCAUGUGCAGCCACUGUAGUGCCUGAGCCCAAAAUGGCAGAAAGCCGCCGUCUCAAAGUGGCAGUGACGGAGCCCAUCGCUCGCCCUCAGCCUCCACCUUCCCUUCAUGCCCUUCCUCGCUCCCCAUCUACCUCUUUCCAUGGACACAAGUCAACGGCUGUGCCUGAGCCAAAAAUACACUCUGAUAAGCUGUCCCUGGAUGUACCCGAUUCUUCUGGGACCCAGAACAUAGCAUUGUGCUCGGAUACUGUGAGUAGUCUUACUGAAACAGGAGCCGAUUUAGCAUCUUCAAGGACUCCCAUGGCUAUUAGUCCUUGUGAAGUUCCCCUUGAGUCGAGCUGUUCCACUAGCAGUAGAUCAGAGAGCUGCAGUAGCGGUGCAACAGAUCAGAGGACGGGCAGCUCUACCACCCUCACCACAGACAGCAUUGACUUCUUCAGUGCUAGAGAGAAGUUCCUGGGCUUGUCUCGGGAUGACCAGACCAACUCACUUCAUGAAGCAGUGACGCCACGCACGGCUCAAUCCCAAAGCCCCAGCCUAUGCCUGGAGGAAUCGAACCCAGCGGCAACCAAGGAGGAUUCCUCCUCUUAUUCAGAAAGCUCCUGUGAAGCUGAAGCCCCUCCCCCAGCAGAGCCUGACCUCAUUCUCAGUGAUAACAGCGUAUCGGUGCGACACAUUGUGUCUGAACUGGAGUCUGUUUCUUCCCCACAGCCUCCAUCUCACAUCCCUGAGCAACCCACACUCCAGGAGCAGCAUGAGGAGAAAGAGGUAGAACAGAAACCGGAGAGACCAUCACUUCCUCCUUCCACCUCCACUCCUCCAUGUGAGCAGCCAGAACGGGAGAUCCCCCUCUCUCACCCUUCUCCUCCUCACUCGGCAGGCGCGGACGAUGCAGACUCUCAGCAGCUUUCUUCUCCACCAGGAGGCACUGAUUCGAUCAAGACAGAAGCAGAAGAGCACGAUGGAGAGGAUGCAAGACCACUGGACGAUGAUGACUCUGGUAUAAUCCCAGACCCAUCUAUCUGCACGGUGGCUGUGUGCUCAAGUCUGGAUCCCAGCUCCUCCUCAUCUUCCCUGCUGUGGCUGGAAAGUGAUGCUGAGGAUGUGACGACAAAGCCACACGACUUGCACAAGAUCCAGGAGACACUGCGGGAGCUGCAAGCCUUCCUGUACGAGGCUGGAGGGACGGAGGCACGCUUCAACUACCGCCCGCAGCUGGAAAACACGCACGGCUCCAGGGAAUCACAGCCUCGGACACCGGCCAUGUGGCAGAAAGCCAUGGAGAUGGAGGCGCGGAUCAGGCAGGCUGGUCUCACUCCACCCUCAUUUAUGAAACGCUCAGCCUCGCUGGCCAAACUUGACCAGCUUGAACUGUCCACGCACGACCUGAACGACUGGGACUUCCGAUCUGAGCUGCCUUCGUCUCCCUCCUCCUCAUCCUCUUCACGUUCGCUCUCCAGUAGCCAUGAUGAGGUCCAUAAGAAGCAGCGCGUUCUACCUCAGACCCUCUCAGAGGCCAACAGAACUGAAAGCUCCUUCCACACCUCAUUUUCCUGCCCGCAGCACAAGCAAGGCAGCAGCACGGGACAGCCCACAGACACCUCGGCCCCGCCCACUGUCUCCGUGUGCACAUGGCAGCAGCAGCACACAAAGCCACACCCUACACGCCGGCCACGCAAAGCAGUGGACAAGAAAAAGACAAUUACUGUGCUGUACAAUACCAUGUGACCCGUAAUGAACCGUCACGGCAGGGAUAUGUGUGCCAUAGUGGUGCUCUGUUAUUAACUUUUGGAUUCAUGAGAUCCAUCUGUAAGCUAAACCUAUGAGCGUAUGCUACUGUAUUUGAUAUGUACUAUGACUGUAUGCAAAAAUCUGCCCCUUUCAAAUAUUACUGCAAAUAAAGGGGCUUGUUUCUCAAAACAUGCACUUUACUAACUUGUUUUUAUUUGUAAUAUUAUUGUUUUUCUCCUUUUUUAAAUUUGGUUUUAUUCCAGGAUUUCCACGAUUAAGUCGGGGGUUUUUUUUGUUGUUGUUGUUGUUGUUGUUUUUUUAAUUUUUUUUUUUGCACUGAUUAUGAAAAGUAGCCUAUCUGUGUGUAUGUAGCUGUGUGUGUUGAUUGGAAAAUGGAGGCAAUAUAAUUUUUUUUUUUUUUUUUUUAAUCCUGUGGCUAUUAAAUAAAUAAAUAUACACUUUUUUUUAUU